UUCUUCUUCUUCUUCUUCUUUUUUAUUCUGCAUUUUCCAUGCCUUUCUUUUUCUUUUCGUGUAAUCUUUUAAACUCUGGAUGUGCUAAUUCUUUGCCAGACAAGCUGCUUGAAAAUGAAAUGUUUAGAUCAAUUUCUACAUACCUGGAAACGAAAGGAUGGUGGUGUUGAGGGACCAGUGAAGGGUGUACCAUUAGCUGAAUGAAGAAGACAGAGCACCCAAAGAAGAAAUUGGGGACUUGCCUCUUGUCUUAACUUUAACUUCUCUGCAUUUUGAAGUUCCCACUUGAGUUUCAACUGCAAACUUCUUAUACAUGAAAUUCCUGGGUCUUUCCUACAACCGAGAGUAUGUGGUUUGAUUUGUGCCAGUAUAGCUCUUUUGGCGGUAGUGGUGGUGGUGCGGAGUUAAUUAGGUUUAUUUAUUUAUUUUAAUGGAGGUACUGGGGAUUGAGCCCAGGAACUCAUGCAUGCUAGGCAUGCGCUCUACCACUGAGCUACACUAUCCUCCAAGAGUAUUUGGUUUGAGUCUCUGCAAAAUUUGAGUGACUCCAAUGAUGAUUCUCUAAAAAAGAACAGAUGGAACAGAAAACCAGGUGACACGGAGGGCAUCACAGAGGGAGAAUUCUGCAGUACCCUUGAAAUGAAGAAAACUGAGGCAGAGUUAGAACUGUUAGGGACCAGGAAACAAAAAUGUGUAUGAGAGACUGAUGGCCUUGUUCUUUUCCCUCUUCUUUCUGCUAUGGCAUGAGGAACAGAAGAGCAAGCGUGCUGUGGGAUGUAGAUGUUGGGCGGCUCUCUAGGCUUAUUCAUUAGUCAAAUAGCUUGCUGCUCUCUGCACUCCAGCUUCUCAGGACUUUAAUUCGGGUCUCAGCAAAACUUGACAGUGUUUGAUAGGCUUUUGGAGUUAGAAUAACGAGCCAGUAUGGUCCUCAGACAGGCAGCCGCAGCAUUGCUGAAGGCAAGAAGAAAAGCACCUCAGGGCCCACCCUAGACCUACUGAAUCAGUAUGCACACUCCAGUCAGAGAAGCACUGGUCCAAACCGUCAGUUCUCUGCCACUCAGUUUCUUCCUGAUGAUUGACAGUUUUUACCCGACCUCUACGACUUUUCGUUCUGUUAAGAGCUGUUAAUCUGGAUCAUCAAGAAAGACACCUUGAAGUGCUGACCAGAAGGAUCGUUUCAGAAAACAAACGGCGAUACGAAAAGGAUGGAUUUGACUUGGACCUCACUUAUGUUACUGAACGUAUUAUUGCCAUGUCAUUCCCAUCUUCUGGAAGGCAGUCUUUCUAUAGGAAUCCCAUUAAGGAAGUCAUGCGGUUCCUGGAUACGAAGCAUCCAGACCACUAUCAAGUCUACAAUCUUUGCAGUGAAAAAGCUUAUGACCCCAGGUACUUCCAUCACAGGGUCCGUCAGUACAUGAUUGAUGAUCACAAUGUCCCCUCUCUGAUUGAGAUGUUGGCGUUCUCCAGAGACGUAGAAAAGUGGAUGGCUCAAGACGAGAAAAACAUCAUAGUGGUUCACUGCAAGGGGGGCAAAGGAAGAACUGGGACCAUGAUUUGUGCCUACCUGCUUGCCAGUGAACAAUUUACAACUGCGGAGGACAGCCUGAAUUAUUUUGGAGAACAACGAACAGAUAAAUCCACCAGCAACAAAUAUCAGGGAAUAGAGACUCCUUCUCAGAGUAGAUUUGUUGGCUAUUUUGCGCAGGUGAAAAAUACCUACAACUUGCAUCUUCCUCCAAGGAAAAUACUCAACAUAAACAAGUUUGUGAUUUAUUCAAUUCACGGCGUUGGAAAAGGUGAUGGAAGUGAUCUAGAAAUACAAAUAAUGAUGAAACGAAAGACUGUCUUUUCCUGUUCAGCUUCCAGAUACUGUAAGAUAGUUCAUGAUGCUGAAUCAGACACAGUAACAAUUAAUGUAUUCAACUCUCCAUUUCUGUAUGAUGAGGUGAAAGUGAGGUUUCUCUCUUCGGCUCUUCCUCGAUACUAUGACAAUUGUCCAUUUUACUUUUGGUUCCAUACAUCUUUCAUACAAGAUAACAGGUUAUAUCUUUCAAGAAAUGAACUGGAUAAUCCUCAUAAGCCAAAAACAUGGAAAAUUUAUGAUUCAGAUUUUGCAGUCGAGGUGUGUUUUGAUGAAAUUAAGUUGUAGUUAUAACCAGCAGUAUCUGAUUAAGUGUAGUCCCCACUUCUAGGAUAGAAUCGUAGUCUUCCCAAUCCUUUCUACAUAUUUAUAGCUUUUAAACCUGUUUCCUUACUGAUAUAUUUAUGUAAUGUACAUGUUCUUGAUACAUCUAUUAAAUAUAUAUACAAAGAA